AUUCAUAAAAUAGAUUUUACGCAUCGAGAUUUACAUAGUGGAAAUAUAUUACAUUUCGAAUCAAAUCUUUAUAAAAGUUUUCAAGUUGCAGAUUUGGGAUUGGCACAAUCGGAAAAUAUCUCUAAUAAUGAAAUAAAUGGUGUAAUACCUUAUAUGGCUCCAGAAAUAUUUAUAGGUUCAAAAUUUUCAAAGGCAUCUGACGUAUACAGUAUGGGGAUGAUUAUGUGGGAAAUUACAACAGGAUGUAAACCUUUUUCUAAUGUCGAACAUGAUUAUAAGCUUAUUUAUGAGAUUAUUGAUGGGAAACGACCUAAAAUUACAGAGGAUACCCCUGAAUGCAUUGCAGGUUUAAUGAUAAGAUGUUGGGAUUCUGACCCAGGAAAAAGGCCUUCUAUGGAUGAAAUACAUAAACUUUUAUCUAAAAUGAAAAAUGAAGAGUUUAAUGGGGCCGAUCAGAAAAGAUUAGAAUUAAUUGGUUUAAAAAAACUUGGACCUGAAUAUAACGAAAAACCUCAUUCAAAAGCAAUUUAUACUAGUAGAUCAUUAAGUUCAUAUUCUAAUAAGUUUAUAUCAUUAACGAAACAAGAUAGACAAGGUAUAAAUUAUAAAAUUUAA